AUGUCCCAAAAGAGCAUAACUUCUUUUUUUAAAAGGACUCCAAAGAAGGAGGUUGAAGUAAAUGAAAACGAUGAAAAUCAAGAAAAAUCAAAUAAAAAUAUUUCCAUGACUACUAAUAAAUCACCUGAAAUCAAUGAGAAAAGGUCAUCUAAAAGAUUAAGAUCGGAAAGUAUUGAAAAUAUUUCACCCAAGCAAUCACAUUCAUCAUCUCCAACAACCUCCGAAAAAAAAAAGAAAGUAAAAAGACAGCGCAUUGAAAGUUCAGAAAGUGAAGGAAAUGAAUGUAAUAAAUCAACAGAAGAAUUAAUGCCAAUAAAGACAGAAAAGAAAAGCCCUAAAACUUAUAAUUCACCCAAAAGUAAACAAAAAGCUAAAAUUGAAAGUCCCAAGAAAGGUAAAGUUGAAAGUAGGCAAAAUAGUGAAACAAAAACUCCAGAUGAGGGUAUAAAAGUCAAAAAUGAAGAAAAAUCUCCAUCUCCAAAGGAAAAUGAUUCUCCUUCUCCAAAAAUUAAGAAAGGGCCUAAAAAGAAAACUAAAGAGAACAAAAAUACAAUGAGUGCCUUUCUAAAAAAAGAAAGUGUAUCUCCAAAAGAUUCUACUCCUGACAAGGAAGGUGAUGAUGUUGAAAAAUCUGGUUUGGAACAGACUAUUAUAGCCGAGGUUGACUACAAUCCAGGGAAGGCCAAGUAUCACCCUAUCAAUGAUGCAUGUUGGAAGAAAGGCGAGAAGGUGCCAUAUUUAGCUCUGGCAAAGACACUAGAAAUUAUUGAAGCAACAUCGGCGAGACUAAAAAUGGUGGAGAUAUUGAGCAAUUACUUCCGAUCUGUUAUCACACUGACCCCUGAAGAUCUCCUACCAAGCAUUUAUCUGUGCCUGAACCAGUUGGCACCUGCAUAUGUUGGUUUAGAGCUGGGCAUAGCGGAGACGUACCUGAUGAAGGCGGUGGGGCAGUGCACGGGGCGCAGCGUGGCGCAGGUGCGCAGCGCGGCGCACAAGUGCGGCGACCUGGGCUCGGCGGCGCAGCAGGCGCGCGCCUCGCAGCGCACCAUGUUCGCGCCGCCAACGCUCGCCGUGCGCGCCGUGCUGGCCGCGCUGCGCGAGGUGGCCGCCAUCACGGGACAGGCAUCAGUAAAUAAGAAAAUCAGCAAAAUUCAAUCUCUGUAUGUGGCUUGUAGACAUUCAGAAGCUAAGUACUUAAUAAGGUCGCUGGAGGGCAAGCUGCGCGUGGGGCUGGCGGAGCAGUCGCUGCUGCAGGCGCUGGCGCUGGCCGCGGCGCGCACGCCCCCCGCCGGGCCACGCGCUAAAGAGCUGGACGUCGCCGCCCUGCUGGGCCCCGACCAGUUCAAGGCGGAGCUCGAGGAGCAGGCGCUGAUCGUGAAGAGCACGUACUGCGAGUGCCCCGACUACGAGCGGCUGGUGGGGGCGCUGCUGCAGCACGGCGUGGCGGCGCUGCCACAGCACUGCAGGCUCACGGUCGGCCUGCCGCUCAAGCCCAUGCUGGCGCAGCCCACGCGCGCCGUCCGGGAGGUGCUGCAGCGCUUCGAGGGCCGCCGCUUCACGUGCGAGUGGAAGUACGACGGCGAGCGCGCCCAGAUACACGUGCCCGGCGAGGACGCGCCCCGCUUCCACGACGCCAGCGUCUUCAGCCGCAACCAGGAGAACAACACCAGCAAGUACCCCGACGUGAUCCGGCGGCUGCCGGCGCUGCUGGGCCCGGCGGUGCGCAGCUGCGUGCUGGACUGCGAGGCGGUGGCCUUCGAGGCGGGCUCCGGCCGCAUCCUGCCCUUCCAGGUGCUCGCCACGCGCAAGCGCAAGGACGCCGACGCGGACGCCGUCGCCGUGCAGGUGUGCGUCUUCCUCUUCGACCUGCUGCUGCUCAACGGCCGCUCGCUCGUCAACGAGCCGCUCGAGGCCAGGCGCCGGCUGCUGCGCGACAACUUCGCCGAGGUGCCAGGUGAGUGGCAGUUCGCGGAGUCGCGCGACUGCACCGCUAUGGAGGAGGUGCAGCAGUUCCUGGAGGAGUCCAUAAAGGGCUCCUGCGAGGGGCUCAUGGUGAAGAUGCUGACCGGGGAGAAUUCUAAGUACGACAUCGCUCGGCGCUCGCACAAUUGGCUAAAGCUGAAGAAGGACUACCUGGAGGGCGCGGGCGACAGCAUCGACGCGGUGGUGAUCGGCGCGUACCUGGGGCGGGGGCGGCGCGCCGGCCUCUACGGCGGGUUCCUGCUGGCCUGCCGCGACGCCGCCGCCGAGCGGUUCCAGUCGCUCUGCAAGCUGGGCACCGGCUUCUCGGAGCAGCAGCUGCGCGAGCUCAGCGAGGCGCUGCAGCGGCACCGCCUCGCCGCGCCGCGCGCCUACUACAGCUGCUCGGCCGCGCUGGCGCCCGACCACUGGCUGGAGGCGGCGUGCGUGUGGGAGGUGCGCUGCGCCGACCUCUCGCUCUCGCCCGCGCACCACGCCGCGCUGGGCCUGCUCGACCCGCACCGCGGCGUCUCGCUGCGCUUCCCCAGAUUCGUGCGCGUGCGCGAGGACAAGACGCCCGAGCAGGCCACCACGGCGGAGCAGAUAGCGCAGAUGUACCUCGCCCAGGACCAGGUCAAGAAUCAGCCCAAGAAGCUCAUCGACGACGACGAGUUCUAC